AAAUCUGCCACACAAAGAAAUUCUAUCUGGAUUUCUUACCUCAAAGAAAUUUAGGCAAGGUCUGUUUAUCGUCCAAGUGUGGUCCUUCCCUCACAAUCGAUUUCAAGAACACUGGGCUGCAAGUCAUAUAGCUACACAGUUGUCAAAGAUGUCCCACGCACUGCCAGACAUGACAGGCUUGUUGGAUUUUGAUUUCCUAACUGAUGCCGAGAAGAAGAAAAAGAUUGGUAUGCCAGGACUGCCAACUGAGGAGGAAGUAGUAACCUUUAUGUUCAACAAAAAUCCUAUUCUCCAGAUUUAUGCAGACAAUAUUGAAGAGGCACAAGAACUGGCAUGGCAAAAUAUAGUAGGAGAUAUAUCAGAAUUACUAAUGGAAAUCGUUUUUCACAUUGCACGUAUUUUGUCAUUGUCACAAGAAAACUUUCUGGAUAAGUUUGCAUCUGCUAUCAUCAGCUUUAUAUUAUACAGUGAUCAAUCUCAUCUGAUCAGUAAGAAUAGCUGCCACAGGAUCUGCGAGACGGUGAUGGCUUCGGGACAACAUGCUAGUAUCUUAGAGGCAGCUGCCAAAGUGCUGAGAAACAGUGGCACACUAAUGACUCGAGGGGAGUAUCUGCCUGGCUUCGUAGCUUUGUUUGACUACGUCAGGCCUUCCUGCGUGGAAGUCUUCAUGAGUAAAGAGACAGAAGAGUUGCCACCAAGCUGGCAGGUCUCUGGUCUGGAGGCAUUGUCCAAGCAGAACAUUGAAGUCAUACUCAUUAUAAGUGAUAUAAAGAGUUCUAUUCAGUUUUCUGAGGCAUGUCUCCGGGCAACCACAGGCCCAGGAAGUGUUUGUCGGCUGACCAAGUUCGAAGGUGAAUUGACAGCGGUCGGGAUGCAGCUUCUUCCUGAUCACCUGGAAGAGAUGAGAACCAAGUCUGACGGGGAGGGAGUACGGGCUUUAGUGACGAGGCUUCAACUUCUACGGAGACUUCAGAUCUUAGAUUUCAAGGGUCAGCUGACAGCCGCCGACGUGCGCCUCCUGCCCAGCAUCCUGAGGAAGCUGGAAGUGAAGACGGACAGGGAAGGCUUCAGGGCCCUGGCAGCAAGCCUUCCUCGCCUGGUGAAGCUGGAGCAUUUAGACUUCGAAGGCCACCUGACGGAGGCAGAAAUGCCCCUCCUGCCCGAGGUGCUUUUCUCGCUCAGGGUCCAGACAGACGGCGCGGGUCUCCGGGCUCUGGCAAGGAGACUUCCCUGCUUGACAAAGCUGUUCUUUUUGACUGUAAGGCUGCUGGACUGCCCUCCAGUUGACUCUAUGAGCGCCCUUCCCUGUGAGGUAAAGCACCUGACUCUGGACCUCAAGCAUGUCACGCCCCCUUCCUGGGAGUGGGUGUGCGAUACGGUACAGCAAGUCUGCCUCGGACGGAAUUCAGAAUGCCUUGUACUCUUCCCAAAGAAAUACGAUAAGCUUCAGAAACAGCGCAUUGGACAGGAGCUCCGUGGCCGCGGUGCGAACCUCGCCUGUGCGCUCGGGUUUCUGCGCAUCUUCUCGUUCCCGCGGCCGGCGAGUGACGCGUCGGGAGGAAAGGAGUCCGGGCGAGAAGGGUCGGACUGCCUAAGAGACUUGUCGUGAACGAGUGAUCAACAAAACUUUUUGUUUGCCAAAUAUAUCACUGACUAUUUCUCCUAGGAUACUUGCUAACAUAAUUUAGUUAAAUAAAAUACCUGUACUUAUAAAUAAAGUCUCAGAUAAUAGACACAUACGUACACACACACACACACGCCAAGAUGCCUCCAGCGUGCAACUUCUCUCCUAGAAAAAGAAAUUUAGACGCCAUGAAAUAGUGUGUAAUUGUGAGCGACGUUUCUCCCACAAACAGCGGAAAAAAAGAAAAGCAAGUAGUAGAAGAGUCCGCGCAGCCAGGGGCGUGGUGGCCGCCGGCCGUGGCUCCCUCGCGGCGCAGCCUGAAGGCACAGCGGAGGGCUCCCGCCGCACGCAGGGUUUCUCUCUUACUGUUUUCCUUUUCGCGCGCGAGAUAUCCUGCCUCUGUUUGUGGCUGGCGGGUCGGUGGUGUGACAAAAGUAAAUGUCGUUCUUGCUCAAAUUCCGAAGAUCUAGAAACUUCAAUCUUCUGUGAUUAAGGGUGCAAAGUCUUCCAUGUCCUCUGAAGAUAUUUCUAUAGUUAUUAUUUAGUUGAUUUAUAUGUUACCACUUCUGUGAUCUGAGUAGAAUCUGUCUUAUUUUCAUCUCUGCGUUCUGUAUUUGCUGAACUGAAAUAAAUCACAGAAACUCCA